CACAGAUGCAAAUUUCUUGGCGCAGAACCAAAGCAGCUGAGGAGAGGUGGCAUGGCUGCGCCCUUCAUAGUGUGCGUGCCGCUUACUCCCAUGUGGCUCAAGCCCUGAAACAAUCUAGGCCUAACUUUCUGAGCGGGAUUGGUGUAUUGAUCGGAGCAGCCCACAGGGUAGGUGUAUCGUCUGAAGUAACUCAUCACCAUGCCCAAGAAGAAAACUGGACAGCGAAAGAAGCAUGAAAAACAAAAAUUGCAUCAAAAGAAGAUUCAGUCUUCGAAGGAGAAACAAGAUUUGGUAGAGCGACCAUGCAACUUCAACAUGGAUUGUGACAAGUGCGGAAGGAAGCAGAAAAACAGGGCCUUUUGUUACUUCUGUCAGGCACUGCAGCGUUUGCCAGUUUGUGCUCAAUGUGGGAAGGCUAAGUGCAUGAUGAAGUCGGGAGAUUGUGUUGUGAAACACCCUGGUUCUUUCACUACUGGAUUGGGCAUGGUGGGAGCAAUCUGCGACUUCUGUGAAGCCUGGGUUUGCCAUGGAAGGGUGUGCCUGACAAGUCAUGCCUGCUCGUGCCCACUUCGAGAUGCUGACUGUAUUGAAUGUCAAAGGGGAGUCUGGGAUCAUGGAGGACGAAUCUUUGUUUGUCCUUACUGUUCAAAUUUCCUCUGUGAGGAUGACCAGUUUGAACAUCAAGCCUCCUGUCAGACUCUCCAGACUGAGACUUACAAAUGUGUCUCAUGCAACAAGCUAGGUCAGCACUCCUGCCUGAGAUGUAAAUUGUGCUGGUGUGAUGAUCACAUCAAGAGGAAGGGCUUCAAGUAUGAUGAGAAGCAGGCAUUUCCAUGUCCAAAGUGCAGUCAUACCACUUCAGCCACCAAGGAUCUUUCCAUGUCUGAGUGGGUUUCACUUGCAAUGAGGCCAGCACUGAGUCUCAAACAAAAGUGA